AUGGCUUUACUUGUGAAGCAAUGGCUGUUGCUAUCGUUAGGGAUAUUUCUUGCACACGCUCGGCCGAAAGUAUCCGAUUACGAAGACGAUGUGCCCGAACUGUACGAGGGAGACAUUGCACUAACUAAAGAACAGGCCGAAAUUCUUAGGCAGUCACGGCCAACCUUCAACAAGUCAGCGGACUGGAAUCAAGAGGCUCAAACGAGAGGCGCCAUCGCGAAUCCACGUCAACUCUGGCCAGACGGAAUUAUACCGUUUGUAAUAAAUUCACGAAUUGACGCUAGAGGAAAACAACUGAUUAGAAACUCGAUAAAAGAUUGGAUGGAUCAUGUUCCCUGUAUUCGGUUUAAACAGAGAGAGCGAGAGAGAGGAUACAUCGAGUUUGUUUACAAGAGGGGCUGCUGGUCGUAUGUUGGUCAUACUGGAGAACGUCAAGAACUCUCUCUUGGACAGUUCACUGAGGAUCCCCCCUGUGUACAAGGAGCAAUCACUCACGAGUUAGGACACGCCAUCGGAUUUUUCCACGAACAGAAUCGACCUGACAGGGAUAAAUACGUCACAAUCAAUUGGCAGAACAUCAGGAAUGGGGCAGAAGAUAACUUUAAAAAGGCUAAACCUAAUUCGGUAGACAGUCGAGGAGAGCCAUAUGACUAUGGAUCCAUCAUGCACUAUUCCAAGUACGCAGGGAAUAUUCGUCCUGGUGUUAUGACGAUAGACGCUAAGGAUCCUAAUGCCGAAAUUGGUCAGCUUAAAGGCCCCAGUAAAAGUGACAUAAAGCAAGCUCGGCUUAUGUAUGGCUGUGGUGGAACCAAAGCUGGAGGUAAAAAGCCAGAAAGCAAGCCCCCCUGGCCUGAGCCAGCAGCACCUCCACGUCCACCUCCACCUCCUGGACCUGGCCGUCCCCGACCUGGUGGUCCACCAAACAGUAAUUGUAUCAGAAAAGUAGUAAAGUUUGGAAAACUGCUAAAAAUAAUCCAGAACCCAAGUGAAUUCAAAGGAAACAUGAAACGGUGGAACGUACUUGAUAAUGAUGAUGAUGCAUAA